AUGACACCAAGGCUUCAAACGCGAAUAACGACACCAAGGCUUCAAACGCGGAUAACGACACCAAGGCUUCAAACGCAGAUGACAACACGAACCUUCAACGCCAAUGACAACACCAAGGCUUUAAACGCGGAUAACGACAACAAGGCUUUAAACGUGGAUAACGACACCAAGGCAUCUAACGCGGAUAACGACACAACGGCUUCAAACGCGGAUAACAACACCAAGGCUUCAAACGCAGAUGACGACACCAAAGCUUCAAAUGUGGAUAAAGCCACUAAGGUUUCAAACGUGGAUAACGACACAAAGGCUUCAAACGCGGAUAAGGACACAAAGGCUUCAAACGCGGAUAAGGAUACAAAGGCUUCAAACGCGGAUAACGACACAAAGGCUUCGAACGCGGAUAACGACACCAAGGCUUCAAACGCAGAUGACGACACCAAGGCUUCAAACGCGGAUAACGAAACCAAAGCUUCAAAUGUGGAUAACGCCACUAAGGCUUCAAACGCGGAUAACGACAGCAAGGCUUCAAAUGCCGAUAACGACACCAAGGCUUCAAACGCGGAUGAUGACACCUAG